AUGCCUCAGAACGGCAGCCCGCGGACCGAAGGCGGCCGCGACAGCAUCACCUCCUCCUCCCCCACCCCCACUAAACUCACACCUACCACCAUUACCACGAAGCAAGACCAGGGUCCUAACGGCAACAGAGGACAAGGCGGCGGCGGCGGCGGCGGAAAUGGCGGCGGCACCAAUUGGCCCGUCACUCAGUACUGGAUCAAGCGCUAUCGCAUCGAAGUGGCCGCGUCCGCCUCGAGCGUCCUUUCUACCCUGACCACCUUCCCUCUCGACAGCGUCAAGACCCGCAUGCAGACGUACCGCUAUGAUGGGUUCCGGGACUGCGUGCGCCACACGUACCAAGCGGAGAAGCUUAGAGGGUUUUUUCGGGGCGUGACGGCCCCGAUGGCUAGUAUCACUCUCGUGCGAACCGUGUCCUUCUCCCUCUACCAGCGCUCUAAAUACAUCUACAGCGACUGGGUCAAGACGAAUUUUGGCUUCGAUGUCAUGGGCCAUGUGAGCGCUAAGGGCUCUUACCCCAACCUAUGGUCCGUUGCCACGUUUGGAGCUGCCGGCGCAACAGCAGGCUCAUGCAUAACAGUUAUAGCCUGCCCGUUUGAGUUGACGAAGCUGAGCGCUCAGGUUUCGGUGCUAAUGGCAGAUAAGAAGAAUUGCCCCAGACCCGAGAGCCACGCGAUUGCUGCAAGCUACCAGAAUAAGGGAACCCUGAAAACACUGGGAAACAUCGUCAAGCACCGCGGCUUUGGAGGCCUGUACACAGGCUUCAGACUGCACUUAAUGCGUGACACCCUGGGAACCGGCACCUACUUCAUGACGUACGAAAGCAGCAAGCAACUCCUGACGACCAUUGGCGGCGAUAACGCCAACUCUAACAACCCGUUGGCGGUCGUUGUUGCCGGAGAUCCUGUCGACUCGGCAAAGAGCAUUUACCAGCGUAACUCGCUGAUGUACUCGAAGGGCGAAAAGGUAAAGCCUGUGAAGAUUGAGUUCUUCAAGCGGAACAUGUACCGCGGCCUCGGCGUGUCCAUGGGCCGGUCUUGCGCCGUCAACGCCGUCUUUUUCUCCUCGUUCGAGUUUCUGAAGAAGCGCAUCAAGGCCAUGGACGACUAG